GUGCAAAAUGGCGGCGAAUGCAAGCACAAACACAGCUGUCUUUGACUGCCCGUCAUGGGCAGGAAAACCUCCACCCGGACUCCAUCUGGACGUGGUUAAAGGAGACAAAUUAAUAGAGAAGAAAGUGUAAGUAAAUCUGGUUUGGAAUGACAAGAAGAAAUUGAUCAUUGAUGAGAAGAAGUUCUAUCUGUUUGGAAGGAACCCAGACCAAUGCGAUUUUACGAUAGACCACCAGUCAUGCUCGCGUGUCCACGCGGCGCUGGUCUACCACAGACACCUUAAGAGGGUCUUUCUCAUUGACCUCAACAGCAGUGAGUGCAGCUCUGCAGGGGCCAGUUGUUCAAAAAGUUUAAUCUGGAUCAGAAUGAUCUGGAUUUGGAAAUCCCAUGUUUUGCUAUCCAGGAUCAGCUCAUGGCACAUUUCUGGGCAGAAUACGCCUUGAGCCCCACAAACCCCAGCAGGUGCCGAUCGACUCGACCAUGUCGUUUGGAGCGUCCACACGAGUGUACACGCUGAGAGAGAAGCCUCAGACGCAAAGCAGCUCGGCUGCAGGAGACAGUAAAGGAGUGGAGGAUGAGGAACUAAAGGGAUUGCUGGGACUGCCAGAGGAAGAGACAGAGCUGGAGAACCUUACUGAAUUCAACACGGCUCAUAACAAACGCAUUUCUACACUAACCAUCGAGGAAGGAAACCUGGAGAUCCAGAGACCCAAGAGGAAAAGGAGAAGCUCACGAGUGUCUUUCAGUGAAGAAGAGGAGAUCAUAAACCCAGAGGAUGUGGACCCUUCGGUAGGACGCUUCAGAAACAUGGUACAGACAGCUGUGGUUCCUAUUAAGAAAAAGAAACUGGAAGGCCACAGCACGCUGGGAUUGGAUGAAAGCGUAGCACGUCGGUUACAGAACUUCCCCCUCAGUGCUGGGCUCUACGGCGACCUGCCGCCCACCAGUCACGAGGCAGGACAAGGGGGCGGAGGUCAGGGAGGAGGGUCAUCUGCCAUCAUGGGCGGGAUGCCUCUGCCCUUCCCCAACCCCGCCCCAGAGAUUGAUCUCUCGCCCACAACAGUGCAGCCCCCCGCUAUGUUGAACCCCACCCCCGCUCCUGGACCCUAUUCAGCCGAACCCCUCAACGAGCCUCGCAAGAAAAAAUAUGCCAAGGAGGCGUGGCCUGGGAAAAAGCCCACCCCCUCCCUGCUGAUUUAACAUGCCGUUUUACUACACAACAGGAUGCAUACAGCCAACAUAUGACAGAUUUGAAGAUUACAUCUUGGAGUUCAUUUGAAGUUAUUGGUUCCAAACUUCAUAUUUGCAGCAUUUCUGAUACAUACUUUAAAUACAUAAUUCUACCUGUUGCCGGUUGAGGCAUUAUUGUGGGGGUUACUCAUGGUGUGGCGUCUGACACUAUAAACUCUCGAGGAGAGGGAAUAUCGCAAAGAAAUAUUUAGUGCAUAUUCCACCUCAUAUUUGGAAAGAAAAAAAUUCUAAUUGAGAUUAUAUAUUGCAUAAGAAUGAAGCUUGUUAAUUUAACUAAGUUUUAUUUUGCAUUGUGACAUUUUCUUCAGAAGAACAUUUGUCUCCCCUAAUUAACAUUAAUUAAAAUCAUACUGUCUGGAAUUAUUAUUUAAUUGUAUACAAUUUAUCAGAAAUGGCAGUAAAAGCAGUACAAGGAAAACUACCAUGAUAAACACAUUAGUGAUAAUGUUUGGAGAAAGUGUUUAAUUGAGAAAAUUUCAUAAUGCAAAGAAAUCUUAAUGGUUUUAAUCUUUCAUUUUCUUCAUGCUAAAUUUAAUAACCCAAACAUAUUUUUGAUAUGUUUCAUGAGGUUUACCUGGCCAUCAUGUCAUUGUACACAACCAGUCAAAAGUUUGGAAUGAUUAAGAUUGUUUUUAUUGCUUUUGAAAGAAGUCUCUUAUGCUCACCACGGCUGCAUUUAUUUGAUCAAAAAAAUAUAGUGAAAAUAGUAACAGUACUGUGAGAUAUUAGUAAUGGUUGCUGAAAAUCCAGCUUGUCGUCACAACAAUAAAUUGCAUUUUAAAAUAUAAAAAAAUAGAAAACAGUUCUUUUCAAUUGAAAUAAUAUUACAAAAUAUCACUGAGUGUAUUUGAUAAAUCAAAUUCAGUCUUGCUGAGCAUAAGAAAUUCUUUCAAAAAUAUUUAAAGUUUAUUAUUUAUUAUUUAUUCCAAACUUUUGACAGAUUAUUAUUACUAGCACCUCGUAUUAUGUGUUGAUUGUUUCAGGCUUUCCUGAGAUAAACCGAACAAAUACAGAAGGAAAGCUUGGUCCGGAUCCAGUAGAUAUGAGGAGGUUGUUUGGGUAAAUGCGUUCUAUCUCUCAGAAGUUGACAGCGUGCAGCAACCACUGCGUUUUAACAACAACAUGUAUUUAAUACAUAGAUUUAGCUUUUUUUUAAAAAAAAAAAAGCCUAAGAGCUUAUUCCCUGGGCAAACCUGCCACAGAAUUUGCAAUUGUACUUUCAUUUAAGUUAUUAAAAUGACAUUUUCUAGUACUUAUUUGAAGUACAAACCAAACGUUACACUAAAUGUAAGGCUAUAGGAAUUAAGUCUGUCGGUUUGAGCAACGCGUUUAAUCUAUUUCACUGUUAUGAGGCAGAUUGUCUUACAUAUAGGACAUAUUUUAUGAAAUGGUUCAGAAAACUGAGGCUGUGUAGCCUGUACAUUGGUUUAGAAAGAAGUUCAAACUGAGGAAGAGAGAAUAGAAGCGCUGGGAGUUGCCUUGUAAUGUGAACUGUUUUGUUAAUGUUUUUAUAUAUAUUUUUUAUAUCUUCUGAAUGCGAUGGACUUGUGAGUGAAAAGCACAGAUGAAAAAGACUAAACAUGAAAAGAUGAAAGGAAUUCCUGUUGUUUUUGGAUUAUUUGUCUAAUAAACAGUAUUCCUUGCCCUUAA